AUGGCUGCAGCACCACAAGGGGAUCAAGAGAGUCUUACUACUGUUAUCGGUGACGAAAAGCAGAUCAUUGCAGCACCCGAUCAUUCUCAGGAACCAUCAUCAAAUGAAAUAACAACAGCAUUCAAGCAACAAGAAAGUGGAUUACCCGAUGAUUUAGAAGUAAUCAUUAUUACCCCCACAGCUAGCACUGAGACGGCUGUGGCAGUCAAAGAGUUUUCGAAAUUUCGAAAAUGGUUCAUUCUUUUCAUUGUCGCCUUACAAGGUUUCCUCGGUCCUCUUAGUAGUUCUAUCUAUGUACCUGCUGUGCAUGAAGUGAGGAUAACGCUUGGUGCAUCGAGUACGGUGAUCAAUGUGACCAUUUCAUUGUAUGUCUUUAUUCAGGGCGUGGCUCCAAUGAUGUGGGCAGCAUUGUCAGAAUGGCAUGGACGUCGAUUCAUUUACAUUGGCUCAACAGUGAUUUAUGUGGCAUCCACGGUGGGAUGUGCAGUGUCAAAGAACAUUGGUGUCUUUGUCGUAGUACGUAUACUACAAUCCAUUGGUGCUAGUGCAGCACAAGCGGUGGGUGCUGGUACUAUUUCAGAUCUCUUUACAAUGCAGGAACGUGGCAGUGCCAUGGGAUUAUUCCUACUCGGACCCCUGAUUGGACCUGUUGUAGGCCCAAUUGCUGGUGGCUAUAUUAAUGAAUAUAUUGGAUGGCGAUACAUCUUUUGGACCUUGGCCGGUAUGGGUGGUUUUGUGCUAUUGCUCAUGCUCUUCUUCCUUCCCGAAACACAACAACGACGCUCAACGUCAUCAACCAAACACAAAGAGGUGUCCAUGUUACGAUCGUUUUCUCGACCAUUCGCCUUUUUAUGGAAGCCCGUUGUCAUCUUGGCCUCUGCUCCUUAUGCCCUAGCAUAUGGUUUCAUGUAUUUUGUCAUCUCUACAUUGCCACAUCAACUCGGCUACAGAUACCACCUGACAAGCUCACAAAUUGGAUUGUCAUACCUUGCCAAUGGUGUUGGUAACGCUGUUGGCGCUGUGCUUUCAGGAAAAUACGCUGACUGGAUGUUGAGUCGUGGGAGUACAAACGCUUCAGAUAAUGACACCAUCGUACACCAUGACAAGGAAGCUGCUUAUCCACCGGAUUCAAAAGAACAAUUGGACCAAAAUCGAGAACAAGAGCAACAACCAGAGCGUCGGUUACAAGCAAUGUGGUUGGGUAUCCUUCUUUUGCCAUUAGGCGAGCUCAUGUAUGGAUGGUGUAUCCAAAAUCGUAUACAUUUGGCUGGUGGUUUGACAGGUCUCUUUUUACUGGGCGUGGGAGUUGGAGUAGUGCAAACGCCUAGCAACACGUACCUUGUGGAUGCUUACCAAGGAUACUCGGCUUCUGUGGUAGGAGCAUCAAAUCUAUUACGCAGCUUUUGUGCAGGGUGUACCCCGUUGCUAGCACCUGCUCUUUUAAAGGCAAUUGGAAACGGCUGGGCCAUGACCAUUCUUAGCAUUGUCAGCCUACUUAGCGGUGUAUGCAUUUACCUUGUCCACAAGUUUGGUGCACGUUGGCGUGCUCUUGAUGGCUCUUCAUAG